CUCUUUAUGUCAGCUCGGUUGCUGUAGCAGCAGCAGUGUGAGGACAGCGCUCGUAUGAAGCGCCGCUGUGUUCCUCUGAGAGCCGACCACAACCUGCUGACCCCCGACAGACACACACAGUGAGUACCACACACACACACACACACACACACACACACACACACACACACACACACACACACACACACACACACACACACAUUUGCACUCCAAUAGUUAGUCUCAUUUGAGGAGUGGAUAUAACACAGGAACACCCUGAUAGUAAGUUUUGUUAUUGUUGUUUGAGUGGUUCUCUUUUUGUACGGCAGAGUAUCAGGGACACAUUUAGGAGAGUAAAAAAGUCAAAAUUUCAAAAUAAAAGUUAUGAUUUUAGGAGAAUAGAGUCGUGAUAUUAUGAAUAAAGCCGUGAAAUCUACAGCUGUCAGAUUUUGAGGUUGUGGUCAUAAUAUUAUGGGGGUAAAAAUGUAGUUUAGUGUGAAUAAAGGAACAAUUAAGACAUCAUUUGGUUGGUUGGUCUGUCCUGUUAGACCUACUAUUUGUGGGGCGCCGGGUGGCUCAUCAGUUAAAACACGCCUCAUGUACGGAGGCCUCAGUCCUCAUAGCAGAGGCUGCUGGUUCGACUUACAGUUACGACCUUUUGCAGCAAGUCUUCCCAGAGACAACAGCUGAAAAUAAUAAAAGGUAUAAACUCAAUAAAUUUGAUUAAAAUCUGUAAAUUUAUUCACCUGAAAGAAACCUGACGAUGCAGUUUUGUGGUUUCCUGUUGUGUCUCUGCAGGUCGGGGGUCAGGCUGCAUCCCGCCGUUCAGGCGAGGUUGGAGGCGAUCGCUUCCUCAUCAGAACACCUGACUGACUCCUCCAGCAGCGAAUCAGCUGUCACAACCAGGAGUCAGAGGCAGCGCCAUGUCGUGGCAUCUCUGCCUCGCCGUCUGAGAUUUGAGGAUGAGACAGAAACAGAGGCGGAGUCUCGGUAUCUGGAGCGACUGCGGCAGAGGAGAGGGGCGGGGACGAGGGGAACAGGUGUCCUGGUACCUAAACCUGACCUGAACCUGUUAUUAAACAGCAAUGUGGGGGCAGGACCUCAGGGGGCGGGGCCUGUUGUAGGAGGACACCAAAAACGAUGGCUGUCAGGGGGACAGGUGGGUCAAAAUGACUCCUGUAGGACAAUUUUAGUGGGCGGAGUCAACCUGAACCUUUGUCUACGCCCACCUGAAGACCACGGACAUAGACUGUACAAGUCCCGCCUUAACCUGAGAACUGAGCCAAUCAGAGAGACCUACAUCGGCUCUGUGUCAUACGACGAACCUUUUAGGGGAGGGGACACAUCAAGGGGCGUGACUGAUAACCAGGUGAGGAGGACAAGGACCAGUCUGAAGGAAGUUAAUGGAAACCACAUGACCAUUUCUGAGGCCACACCCACUUCAGAUCUGCCAAUAAACCCCUACGCCCCAGAAACACUAGCCACGCCCACUCAGCCCUCAGGGUGCCCCACACCUGUCUUUACCUGCCACCGCACCUCAGCCGGACCUCCUGAGACAUCAGCCAUGACCUCACGGUGCAUCCAACCCAACAGCACCAAAGCAAGAAAGACCCAGCUACAGGACAGGAACCAGACCCGGAACCAGGACAGAAAGUCAAACCAGAACCAGGACAGGAACCAGGACAGAAAGCUGAACCCGAACCAGGACAGGAAACAGAGACAGAACCAGGAAAGGAACCGGGACAGGAACCAGAACCAGGUCCAGGACAAAAAUCUAAACCAAAUCAAGGAAGAAAUUCAAACCAAGAACCAGGACAAGACCCAGAUCCAGGAUGUGCUAAGCAAACCUGCAUUGACUCGGCCCCAGAGGGAGCUCUGUUUGGGGGCAGAGCCGAAGGGGAGGAGCAGGUGUAGGGAAGUCCGAACAACAAGCCCCGCCUCCUCAGGUGAGACAACAGGUGAGGACUUUAAUCCUCUUGUAUGUACUCUGUCUGACAGCGCCGUCAGACUGGUCGUCAUCACACACUUCCCACCUCUGCUUUGUUUACAGCUGAGAGUCAAGCCCCGCCCACUUCUGACGGCAACAGCAAUGGUCAGUUGAAACAGCCAAUGAGAGCAGAGCCAGCAGUUGAUGACAUCUCACUUCCUGAACAGUGAGUACAUCGCCUUGACAUCAUUAAGUAUUAAUGCUGCGUUCGAGUUACCUCGCUUGCCUUAUAUUCGGACAAGGCAAGCGCUAAAAUAACUUUUGUAGAUGUAGCCAUCUUAUUUCCAACUUGGUAACUGAAACGCUGGUAACUCAGGUGUGUCGUCAUUUUCAGCUCGGACUUUUGACUUCUGGGGUAACUUGAUCGUAGCAUAAGUAUAUUGAUUUGUUGCUAUGGUUACUGAAUCAGAGAACCAACCAUCCAGCUGAUAAUGUGUACAUUUGGAUUCUUUGUUUUCUAAUCUGACACUUACUUCAUCUUUGUUUCUGUCAGCUCCAUGUCCAGGGAUGAACCGGCUCGUCUGUCUCUGCGACGUCUUUUUGCCAACGUUAAACUGAGCAGGAAUCGUGCCGCCAGCCUCGACCGACUCAGCUCAAGACCCCGCCCCUCGCCACCUAGCCAGACCCAGCCUGAGUCUGCCCCCUAUAGUGCUGCGAAGUCCUCCAGUCUGCUGAAGAGAACCCCUUCUUUCCAGUCCCUAAAUGUGGUCAGCCAAUCAGCUAUUUGAAGUUUACUGGUUACCAUCGUUUAUAUCCAAAUCCAUUAGCCUACAACAGUCUAAGCCUACAUUGGUCUUAGCCUACAUCAGUAUUAGCCUAUAGCAGUCUAAGCCUACAUCUGUAUUAGCCUACGACAGUCAAAGCCUACAUCAGUAUUAGGCUAUAGCAGUCUAAGCCUACAUUAGUUUUAGCCUACGACAGUCUAAGCCUACAUUGGUCUUAGCCUACAUCAGUAUUAGCCUAUAGCAGUCUAAGCCUACAUCUGUAUUAGCCUACGACAGUCAAAGCCUACAUCAGUAUUAGGCUAUAGCAGUCUAAGCCUACAUUAGUUUUAGCCUACGACAGUCUAAGCCUACAUUGGUCUUAGCCUACAUCAGUAUUAGCCUAUAGCAGUCUAAGCCUACAUCUGUAUUAGCCUAUAGCAGUCUAAGCCUACAUUGGUCUUAGCCAACAUCAGUAUUAGCCUAUAGCAGUCUAAGCCUAAAGCAGUCUAAGCCUACAUUAGUUUUAGCCUACAUCAGUAUGAGCCUACAGCAGUCUUGGCCUACGACAUUCUAAGCCUACAUCAGUAUUAGCCUAUAGCAGUCUAAGCCUAAAGCAGUCUAAGCCUAAAGCAGUCUAAGCCUACAUUAGUUUUAGCCUACAUCAGUCUUAGCCUACAACUGUAUUAGCCUAUGACAGUCAAAGCCUACAUCAGUAUUAGGCUAUAGCAGUCUAAGCCUACAUUAGUUUUAACCUACGACAGUCUAAGCCUACAUUGGUCUUAGCCUACAUCAGUAUUAGCCUAUAGCAGUCUAAGCCUACAUCUGUAUUAGCCUACGACAGUCAAAGCCUACAUCAGUAUUAGGCUAUAGCGGUCUAAGCCUACAUUAGUUUUAGCCUACGACAGUCUAAGCCUACAUUGGUCUUAGCCUACAUCAGUAUUAGCCUAUAGCAGUCUAAGCCUACAUCUGUAUUAGCCUAUGACAGUCUAAGCCUACAUUGGUCUUAGCCAACAUCAGUAUUAGCCUAUAGCAGUCUAAGCCUAAAGCAGUCUAAGCCUACAUCAGUAUUAGCCUAUAGCAGUCUAAGCCUACAUCAGUCCUAGCCUACAUUAGUUUUAGCCUACAUCAGUCUUAGCCUACAACAGUAUUAGCCUACAACAGUCUAAGCCUCCAUCAGUAUGAGCCUUAAAUCAGUGAAGGCCUACAGCAGUCUAAGCUUUCCUCUGGUUCCAGCCUGAUCCAGCUCUCUCUACAAACUUUCUCAAACAUGUUCAUAGUUCAUAAUCAGCUGCAGAGUUUGAUUGUUUGUAUCUCUGUCUUCUCUGCAGGGGGUGCCCUUUCUGCCACUGAGAAAGUCUUCAUCAGUCCAGAGUUUGUGGUCAGAGCAGAAGAAGAAGAGGAGGGAUCGAUCAGCUGACUACAAACCAGCUGCUGAUCAGUAAGACACCUGAUCAAUAAUUCACCAGUAGAUAAACCUCAGCCAAUCAGAGAGAAGGAAACAUAAAGCAGCGUGUCACAGCUCACCUGCCCUCUGUCUGUCCCUCAGGUGUGUCCACAGGUGUGUCAGUGUUGAGGAUGUCAGCUGUCCCUCUUCGGUCCGUUCUGUCGGUCGGGUUCUGCAGGUUUAUUCUGACGGGACGAUUCUGUUGGAGAUCAGUCGACUGAAGAACCGAACGUUUGGAUUCAUCAUCAGCAGAGGGAGAGGACGGCCCGACUCUGGUACUACAAACACUUCAACUAAUACUACAAAUGUUUAAGAUACUACAACGAAUACACGAGAAAUACUUCAGCAACGGACACAUCAAAGACAACAAACAAAUACUACCAUUAACACAAAAAAAUACUACCAUUAACAAUAACAAACACUACCAUUGAAACUUACAAACACUACCAAAACACUAACAAAUACUACCAUAAAAACAGACAAAUACUACCAUUAACAUGAACAAAUACUACCGUAAAAACAAAUAAUAAAUACUACCAUAAACACAAACAAAUACUACCAUUAACAUGAACAAAAACUACCAUUAACACAAACAAAUACUACCAUUGACGCUCACAAAUACUACCAUUAAAACAAACAAUUACUUCCAUUAACACUGCUGGUCCAGAAAUGACAAAUUGUACCACGCAAUAACUUCAGAUACUUCUAAUACUACAUAUUUUAAAAAAUACCUCAAAUGCCAUUACACAAAUUAACUCUGGCAGAUAAAAAAACAUCUAAAUAUCAGAGUAUCAGCACAUAUUUUAAAAACAGUGCAAGAACCUUUAUAUUAGAGUAAAUGUACUUAUUGAUAAGGGGAGAAGUACUUAUUAACCAUAAGUGUAUGAGUACUUGUUUAUCAGAGCAAAGAUAUCAGAGUAUCAGUACUUAUAUACAAAAGACAUAUUUUUCCAUCGAAGUAUAAGUACUAGCUUGUCAGGUUAUUUCAUUACUAUUCAGAGUGAAAGUACUUAUUAAUUGCAGUAGAAGUUCAAAUUAUGCCUUUAUGUCAGAGUUUAAUUACUUAGGGUAUAAGUACGUAUCAGAGUAUAAGUUUCUAUAUAUAUAUCAGUGUCAGUACUUGUUAUUCACAGUCUAAGUUCUACAAGUGCCUUCAUAUUACAGUAUCUGUAUUUUUAUACCUUAGUAUUAGUCAUUGUUCAGAGUACUUGUAUGAUCGGAGUAUAAAUACUGUGUUCUGCAGGUGUGUACGUGGAGGACAUGGUCGACUCCGGCACUCAGAAGUUAUACUCUGGUCUGCUCGCCGUCGGAGACGAGAUCCUGGAGGUGAACGGCGAGAAGGUCGCCUGUCUCAGUCUCGAUCAGGUGACACACCUGCUGACCCAAAAUACGACCGCCACUGUUCGAGUCCUCCGGCGCCUGCAGGUACUUCCACGAUGACUACGCCUUCGAUGACUGACCUACCACAGUACUACCAACAGUACUACAGUGACUGUACAGAGGACUGUUGGAGGAUAGUUUACGGCCUGGAGAGAACUUUCUUAAAUGCAGUACUUUUUUGUAUUUUUAAGUGUAUUUCAGUGUUUUAAACACCCGCAGUAUCGCUCAAAGCAGCUUUCAGGUACUUUUAUGCUUGUUGACAUUUCUUAAACAUAAAUAUUGAACCGUAGUGCGAGUCUACUGUGAAAUAAAAAGUAUAAACAAUUUUUUUUCUUCAACAGUUUUUAUUUUUUCUUUCACCUGCAGUUUGCAUAAAUGAGUCCACAUGAUUAUCUCCACAAAUAAAAUGAUCAUCAUGUUUUUACGCCACAGUAUUAUUUCUGUGAUUUUCACUCCUCAUGUCCACAGACAGACAACAUUCUCACAGCAACAGUCAGUCUUUCUUUUCUCUAAACCUGUGUGUUGAAAUAAAAAUUCACCUUCAGACAUUAAAUUCAGUCAAACAGAAUUUUCAAUAAGACAUUUGAACUUCAGUCAUCGGUCUGUUUUGGAUCAAAAUGAGGCAAAAAUACUGACAGGUUGUUAUUUUUAUCAUUAUUAUUUUGACCAUUUUCAUUAUUAGCUUUAACAAAAUUAUUAUUGAAGGGCUCCAUUAUUGUUUUCUAAAACAGUGACUCAGAAUUAUUUCAAAUUAAAACACAAAACCAACCAUCAGUAAAAGAAAAACAAAAAAACUCUCAUGGUCAUGAAACACUUCAUAAACACAGACUAAAACAGAUCUGUUUUAACCUUUUUUAAAAUCUAUUUUAGAUCUGACCUUUGUGGUUUUAUUUUGAAAAACCAAAACAGGAAAUAUGCAACACUUCAGCCCCUGCAGACACCUGUAGAUUUUUUCUACAGUGAGUACCACUGAUGACGGGACGGCGUGAUCGGCUUCUUCGUCUCCAGCUCAUCUGCCACCUAAUUUCCUGCUGAAGCUUCACAAUAAAAGCCAUUACAUUCGGUGAGAAAAGGCUUUUAUUGUGAAGCAGCAAGAGGAUAUCUAAGGUUCAAACUGUUCAAUAGUCAACAGUAGAAAAAUCAACGAUCAAUAAAGUGAUCUAGUAGUAAAAUAAAGGACACAGUCGAGUACGAUAAACAAACUGAGAGGAAAAUAAAACAAGAAUUCAGUCACUUCAAAUAAAAUAAAACUGUAAACAGGAAGUCUUAGUGUUUUUCUUUUUUUUUUACAUAGUGUUUUUAGAUCAUUUUAACACAAACUCCAACUGAACACUGAACAGCUUUAGAGUUAGAGCAAGUUACAUCUGGAGUUAAGAGGAUACACUGGUGUUACAGACAGAAAGUAAACUGGUUUAAGUGGUUCAUCUAGCUACAUCAAGUUAGAGGUUUUUAUUCCGUUUUAGUGGUUUUAACUGUUUUUAACUGUUUUUAACUGGUCAGUGAUGUUUGGAGUAAAGCUGGGCUUACUCAGAGGUUUAGAUGUUGUUUAAUGGUGAAGUGGAGGGUUAGAGACUGGAGAUUUUUAUUCAGUCACUCUCAAGUCAAACUUAAUUUUGAGCAGUUUGAAAGGAGUUUAACUGAAUUUUACUGGAGUUUAACUAAACUUCAACUAGAGUUUAACUAAACUAUAACUGAAGUUGAACUAAGCUUUAACUAGAGUUUAAUUAAACUUGAACUGGAGAGUAAAUGUAGUUAACUAAACUAACUAGAUUUUACUUUUACUUUAACUAGAGUUUAACUUAACUAAAACUAAGGUUGAACUAUGCUUUAACUUGACUUUAAUAAAACUGAAACUGGAGUUUAACCAAACUUUGAUUCAAGUUAAGCUUAACUUUAACUAGAGUUUAACUAAACUUCAACUAGAGUUUAAUUAAACUUUAACUGGAGUGUAAAAGGAGUUUAACCAAACUUUAACUGGAGUUGAGCUAAACUUCAGCUGGAGUUUAAACCAACUUUAACUGAAGUUGAACUUAACUUCAACUAGAGUUUAACUAAACUUCAACUGAGGUUGAACUUAACUUUAACUAGAGUUUAACUAAACUUUAACUGGAGUUUUACUGGAGUGUAAAAGGAGUUUAACCAAACUUUAACUGGAGUUGAGCUAAACUUUAGCUGGAGUUUAACUAACUUUGGUGUAACUUUUUUUUAACUGGAGUUUAACCAAACUUUAACUGGAGUUGAACUUAACUUCAACUAGAGUUUAACCAAACUAUAACUGGAGUUUAAAUGGAGUUUUUCUGGAGUUUCACCAAACUUAAGCUGGAGUUUAACUAAACUUUAACUUGGGUGUAUCUUUGUUUUAAUUGGAGUUUAACACUUAUUUUUUAAGGAGUUAAUUCGAG